UCUGGUGCCCCGCUGUUGUGAUUCCGGCUUGGAUCUGGUGUCCAGGGUCUGAGGGGUCAUCUCGCCCGGGGGCCCGAGGCAGUGGGCCGGCUGCCACACACUGAGCCGCGGCCUGGUGCCCUGUGGUGGGGCCCUCGUUUGCUCGGGCCAUGCCCACCGCCGCCGCCCCCAUCAUCAGCUCGGUGCAGAAGCUGGUUCUGUAUGAGACCAGAGCUAGAUACUUUCUCGUUGGGAGCAAUCAUGCGGAAACGAAAUAUCGUGUCUUGAAAAUUGACAGAACAGAGCCCAAAGAUUUGGUCAUAAUAGAUGAUAGGCAUGUGUACACGCAGCAAGAAGUGAGGGAGCUCCUGGGCCGCUUGGACCUGGGCAACAGGACCAAGAUGGGACAGAAAGGAUCCUCUGGGCUGUUCCGUGCCGUCUCAGCGUUUGGCGUUGUGGGGUUUGUCAGGUUUUUAGAAGGGUACUAUAUUGUGUUAAUUACUAAAAGGAGGAAGAUGGCAGAUAUUGGAGGUCAUGCAAUAUACAAGAUUGAAGAUACAAAUAUGAUCUACAUACCCAAUGAUUCUGUACGGAUUACUCAUCCUGAUGAAGCUAGGUAUCUUCGAAUAUUUCAAAAUGUGGACCUGUCUAGCAAUUUUUACUUUAGUUACAGCUACGAUUUAUCCCACUCACUUCAGUAUAAUCUCACUGUCUUGCGGAUGCCCCUGGAGAUGUUAAAAUCAGAAACAACCCAGACUCGCCAGGAGAGUUUUGACAUCUUUGAAGAUGAAGGGUUAAUCACACAGGGUGGAAGCGGUGUAUUUGGGAUCUGUAGUGAACCUUAUAUGAAGUAUGUGUGGAAUGGUGAACUCCUGGAUAUAAUUAAAAACACCGUUCAUCGUGACUGGCUCUUGUACAUUAUUCAUGGGUUCUGCGGCCAGUCAAAACUGUUGAUCUAUGGGCGACCAGUGUAUGUCACUCUAAUAGCUAGAAGAUCUAGCAAGUUUGCUGGAACCCGCUUUCUCAAGAGAGGUGCAAACUGUGAGGGUGAUGUUGCAAAUGAGGUAGAGACAGAACAAAUAGUCUGUGAUGCUUCUGUGAUGUCUUUUACUGCUGGAAGCUACUCUUCUUAUGUGCAAGUUAGAGGAUCAGUUCCCUUGUACUGGUCUCAGGACAUAUCCACUAUGAUGCCUAAACCGCCCAUCACAUUGGAUCAGGCAGAUCCUUUUGCACAUGUGGCUGCCCUUCACUUUGACCAGAUGCUUCAGCGGUUUGGCUCGCCCAUCAUCAUCUUGAAUUUAGUGAAGGAACGAGAGAAAAGAAAGCAUGAACGGAUUCUGAGUGAAGAACUGGUCGCUGCUGUGACCUACCUGAACCAGUUCCUGCCUCCCGAGCACACCAUUGUUUAUAUUCCUUGGGAUAUGGCCAAGUACACCAAAAGCAAGCUAUGCAAUGUUCUCGAUCGACUCAAUGUGAUUGCAGAAAGUGUGGUGAAGAAAACGGGUUUCUUUGUCAACCGACCCGAUUCUUACUGCAGCAUUUUGAGGCCUGAUGAGAAGUGGAAUGAAUUGGGCGGAUGUGUGAUUCCCACGGGUCGCCUACAGACUGGCAUUCUCCGAACCAACUGUGUGGACUGCUUGGACCGUACCAACACAGCCCAGUUCAUGGUGGGCAAAUGUGCUCUGGCCUACCAGCUCUAUUCCUUGGGAUUGAUCGACAAACCUAACCUACAGUUUGAUACAGAUGCAGUGAGGUUAUUUGAAGAACUCUAUGAAGAUCAUGGUGACACCCUGUCCCUUCAGUAUGGUGGGUCUCAACUUGUUCAUCGUGUCAAAACCUACAGAAAGAUAGCACCGUGGACACAACAUUCAAAAGAUAUCAUGCAGACCCUGUCUCGGUAUUACAGCAAUGCUUUUUCAGAUGCUGAUAGACAGGAUUCCAUUAAUCUUUUCCUGGGAGUUUUCCAUCCUACUGAAGGGAAACCUCAUCUCUGGGAACUCCCAACAGAUUUUUAUUUGCAUCACAAAAAUACCAUGAGACUUUUGCCGACAAGAAGAAGUUAUACUUACUGGUGGACGCCAGAAGUAAUAAAGCAUUUACCAUUGCCUUACGAUGAAGUUAUCUGUGCUGCAAACUUAAAGAAGUUGGUAGUGAAGAAGUUUCACAGAUACGAAGAAGAAAUUGAUAUCCAUAAUGAGUUCUUCCGGCCGUAUGAACUGAGCAGUUUUGACGACACCUUUUGCUUGGCUAUGACGAGUUCAGCACGUGACUUUAUGCCAAAGACCGUUGGCAUUGAUCCAAGUCCAUUUACUGUGCGGAAGCCGGAUGAAACGGGAAAAUCAGUAUUGGGAAACAAAAGCAACAGAGAAGAGACUGUGCUGCAACGGAAGACUGCGGCGAGCGCCCCACCGCCCCCCAGCGAGGAGGCCGUGUCCAGCAGCUCCGAAGAUGACUCCGGGACUGACCGGGAGGACGAGGGCUCCGUGUCUCAGCGCUCCACUCCCGUGAAGAUGACAGACGCGGGAGACAGUGCCAAAGCAACUGAGAAUGUGGUCCAGUCCAUGAAGGAAGUUUAUGGGAUUAAUCUCUCCGACGGCCUAUCAGAUGAGGAUUUGUCCAUUUAUUCAAGAUUUGUUCAGCUGGGACAGAGUCAACAUAAGCAAGACAAGAGCAGCCAGCAGCUGUGUUCCAGGUGCUCGGAUGGAGUGAUAAAAUUAACACCCAUCUCCGCUUUCUCGCCAGACAACAUCUAUGAAGUGCAGCCGCCACGAGUCGAUAGGAAAUCUACUGAGAUCUUCCAAGCCCACAUCCAGGCCGGUCUUGGGAUCAUGCAGCCACUGGGCAAAGAGGACACCACUACAUACCGAGAGUACCUCAGGAACCGCUACCUGUGAAGCAGCAAUGCCUAAGGGCUGGUGGCACUGAGCGGGGACCAAGCAAGCCACCUCUGCUUAUGGUGCCAUCUGUUUGUCUUAAAAAGGUCAUUUCCUCAGUGUUCCUUGCAAAAUAUAGGUCAUAAAGAAGUGAUUGGACGUUUUGCUGCCAUUGCCUUUGCUUUAUUUAAUAGAU